AUGCCCCUCAUGGCUCCAUCAACCCGGCCAUCGAUGGCCUCUCAACGGUCCCAAUCCCCUGCAACUCUCACCCGGCCUCCUUCCCGUCAAUCUAGCCAGAUAAUCACGCCCGUCAAGACCUUGGCGAAUUACGUUCGGCCAGACGAUGAAAACCAAAGGUCUGAAGCCCGCUGCAAAACAGUACAGGAAGGUUCAAAUGCGACUGAUCUCCCUGGUCCAUCCCAAUCCAAGAGAACUCCCGCCAAUUCUAGACAAAAAUCAAAAACAGUCGCCACCUCCAGCUCGUUGACCCAUAGUGCUCCCAGAAACCAACAGUCUACCGUCUCAAAGCCAAAAAAGAGGAAGCAGAAUCCUGCAGACGUUUCAGAAUCCAACCCAGAUGUAUCAACAAUGAACAUGACUCAGGAUUCGGAUGAAGAUAACGAAAGGGCAAGAAAGAAGACAAGGCCAACAAGAGGUGUAGAUGAUGUUGACUUGUAUUUUGAGCCUCCGACUCAAGCCAACGGCCAAGUGGGUUCCAAUCUUCAUUAA